CCAUACACUACCGAAAACUAUUAUGAACAUCUCUGAUUCCCAGUUGGGCUCAGCUCUGCUUGUUCAGACCAAGAGAAAAAGCCACUAUUAAUAGCAAAACUGUCAAGGAAGUCUCAUCUGAAACUCCAAAGAGCGCCUUAAGACAAAGAAACAUCCAAAGGAGAUGUGCAGCCUCAAGGGACCCUUUCUUUUUAUCUUCUUAUCAAUUACUUUAAAUUCCCUGGAAGCGACACCUGUCGAGAGACUGCUUUCUUUGGCUGGUGAUUUCUCUGAUGGGACUCCCAACAGACAAGAAUGGCUCUUGCCUGUCCUUUCAAGAAGUACCGGCUUCUUGGGACUGAAUGGAGCUGUCCUGGGAGAAGAAACAAUAAAACCCAAAAGUCACCGCUUGGAGAAACGGAAGUGCAACACAGCCACUUGUGUGACUCAACGCUUAGCCGACUUCUUAGUCCGUUCGAGCAACACUUUCGGAGCAAUCUACUCACCCACCAAUGUAGGUUCCAACACCUACGGCAAAAGAGACAAAGAACCUCCAAACUAUCUACAACUUUAACGUCUCCAGACAGCAAUAGCUGCCGUCCUCAUUAGAAAUACCACCCCUUCCUCCCCCACAGUUUUUAUGUACAAAGUUCUGAUUCCCCCAACUCCUCCAUACAAAUUCUCUUUGCUUCAAUGAGCUGCCAUAGGAGUAAGUAGUUUGAGGAUUGGGCCGCCCACAACUCCUUUGGUCAUUGACCCCCCCCCCCCAUUUAUUCUUAACGGUGCCUUGUUUUCUUUGUGUGAGUUUUCUGUUUGCGACCCAUGGAUAUGUCGUUCCGCUAUGCAUGUGGGAUAACAUGCCGAGGGUUUUGAAGUGGUAAUGCUCCUAUGAUCCACAUGCUUGUGAAAUCCUUCCAUUGAAAAGAAAAUAAAUCUCAUGUCCACAAGCCACAAAUAUCGGAAAUGUAAAUUGCAACAG